AAACCGCCCACAUGCACGGCGAGUAGACCGCAUGAACAGGAUCGAUGCGCUGGCGUAUGACCCCGAAGACCUGGAGGAACUGUUGAAUUUCUCUGGGUCCGAUUCGGAGGCCGAAGUGCCGCCAUCACCACACAAAACCACCAGCAACAUCCUGCCGCCCCUGCAUUUUGUCGACAUGCCAGAUCAGUCGCCAUACCUUUCAGCGAAAAAGGAAUCCCAGCUCCAGAAGUUUGGCGUGCUCAACAGUCCCUUUGGCAAAUUUCAGUCUCGAAAGCAAACCCGCUCAUCCCCGGUCCCUUCCCUUCGAACGACGAGUCCGUUUGUGAAAAAGAAGGGGGUGUCGCCAUGGACGCGCUUCGUCCCUCAAAUCGACGUGGGUGUGACUUCACCGUCCAAGAUGGUAUUCAAGACCAACGACAUUGUCAAGCAUGGCGAACUCAAAGUGUACAUGUGCCGGUACAAGACGAUCCAGCCGCUGUUUUGCAUCCCUUUCCGCGACACAACGACGCUUCAGUCGUGUCGCACGCGGAUCGACGACCUCCUCAUGGUGGACGCAGUCGAGUACGUCUUUGUCGCACCAACUGGGAAAUCGAUCGCUGUGUCGGCGGAAGGACGAUUCCUGGCACACUGGUUCUAUCCCGUCCUGACAAUUUUGGUGACGAACGUGAUCAACCAGUCGAGCCACCAUCAGUCGCCGGAGAAACUGCAACAAGCCAUCUCAGCCAUGGACAAGCCCGCGUCGACCGAAAAGCCAUGGAACCUGUCGUACUCCAGCUUUGGCAUGUUUAGUUCCAAGGAGCUACGGAUGCAAUCGGCAAUCAUUCAGUCUCCCAUGAGCAAGAAAAUUCGAAAGCGACAGCAACGCGACGCAUUACGCGUGUCGCUGGAGAGUCCAUCAAAGACCGCCGAAGAGUUCAACGACGCAUUCGAGCCUGCGACCGACCCAGCAAUGGACACAGCGACCGUCCGUUCGAUUCUCAAGCGAAGCAAGUUUGAUGUGCUCGAGCACUUUACCGAUCGCGAAGUUCAGCGUCGAAAGGACCGACACGCCAAGUAUCAGCGGAAAGCACUCGUAAAGGCAUUGGCACUUCAAGAAAAGGCAGUCGUGCUCCAGUGCUGGUGGCGCACCAUGCUCAGCUACCGCCUCUUUCAGGAAAAGAAACAAGCGCACUUGGCUGCGAUCCGCAUUCAGACCGUCAUGCGCCAGAGAUCGCUCCAGAAGAAGCAAAUGCGCUCGCGACGCAAUAGCAUCAUGCUGAACAAGACCCCGAGUAUGAAAAACAGCGCGCACCACUAUGUGUUUCAAGCAUUCGAAGGCAACGACAAGAUUGUGGUCAAGCUCCAAGCGAUCCAACGCCGCCGGCUUGCACAAAAGCAGUUGCGGGAGAACCCAGAGAAGGCUGAGAGGUACUUGGAACUGGAGCGGCGCCGGGAAAUGGUGCGCAAGUCCCAGGAGAAUUUUGAGCGGGAACGGGCACUGGCGCAGCUCCGAAAACUCCACGCAAAAGAACGCAAGGAGCGCAAAGAACUCAACAAACUCGCCCUUGCGACCCGUCGCGAGCGAGCAGCGGUAUCGGUCCAAACGACAUACAGACGGUAUCGAGCGGGCAAGAUGGUCCACAUCCUGCGGCGGGAACGCAAAGCAGCGAUCAAGAUCCAGUCCCACCUGCGAAAGAACACUGCUCUGACGAGGGUGGAAACGCUGAAGUUGCAAAUGCGCAAGUCGAGUUUGAGCGGCACUACGACCGAGUCCGAGAGCUACCACCCGCGUCUGUUUUGUCGACGAGUUUGGUUUCGCGGCGCUUAUCACAUUCUAUACAGCUGCCUUUCCAAAGGGCACUUGCUCCUCGUACUCCACUGCAGCACGAGUGGAAAACAAGGUGACCCGAUAGCGCUCGAGUGCGCCUUUGACGUUGACGACCUCAAGUUGUUCGGUCUCCUUCCCAGCACGUUGCUCGUGCGAAUCCACGAACUGGAUCGGCUGACUGAAGGGGCAUCGAUGGCGCUGGUCCUGUCGCGCGGACAAUACGUGCUAAACCAGCAAGACUUUCACAACUUUCGCAACUUAACUCUGGACGCCCGCACGCUCCUCCUUCCCAACCCAGACAUGUACUUUGGACGGAUGUACCAGCGGUGCAGCGACAGCAAUCCCCCAAACGAACUCCUCCGCUGCUUUCGAUAUUCGGAGCCGACGCUCAUCUACUAUUUAGCCAAACGUGUCAAGCUUGGCAUGGCCCACUUAGGGUUCUUCGAAGACAAGGGGGUCCUCUACGUCGAGUGUUACAUCUCUCGUUGGCAUAUCUGUAUUUGCGUCGGGCUGCAGUACCAAGAGUGGGCAUUUACCGGUCACGGCAUCCUGGCUCGCUGUGACCUGAACCAGAAGAUCGAAAUCUCCAAGCACAUGGGGGCCCGCAUCUCAAUCGGGCACAACGGCGUUCGCCUGGAAGUGAGAAGAAGGCUGUUUCACAUCGCCAAGCGAUUCCGUAUCGAGGAGGAUGGAGUCAAGACCAGCGCGACCGCCCUCUUCUCCGUGUACAUUUUAGGUACACAUCGAGUUUCUUCCUCGUUACUCUGACUGUUUUGAUGAAUACUACGUCGACCAGGGCAAGAAAUGCAGCUUGAAGUGGUUUUUGCCGAUGGGGCCGCGAUGCAACUCGGUAUCGACGCCAGCAUGCUCGCUCGCCUCGGGUACAAGGACCUGCAUCAAGUGGAUAUGGACACAGUCAGCAUCUUGAGCCGACAACUGCUCAGUGGCCUCGUCAUUGUCGAUUGCACCCUUCAGCUGAAUCUGUAAUUGGCACCGCAUCGCCCCUGGCGUGGCAUCUCACCCGGUUGCCCACCCCCACGCCAAACGAAUGCGAGACCUGAUUCACAGUCGACGACAGCAUCGGGGGAGCUUAAGCUGGCAUUUGCUGAAAAAAUGGCCGAUUUUGGUCUAGAAUACACCAAAAUAUUCAUAACAAAAAGUUGACAUUGAACUCUGGC